AUGACUCUGGAGAGAUCCGAGACGGUCCAAAUCAAUGCGUCUCGGUUUCCAGCAUCAAGAUCACUACCAACUGCUGCAACCUCGUUACCCAUUGGGGCUUUCUCUACAACUUUGACAACACUUUCGCUAAGCUUGAUGGAAUGGCGAGGAGUUACCACAACAAAUGUCUACAUCGCGAAUUUCUUCUUCCUCGCUGCGUUUGGCCUCCUGAUCUCGGCUCAGUGGGAGCUUACUGCUGGGAACGGUUUCGGAUACAGUGUCUUCAGUGCUUUCGGGCUGUUCUAUGCAGGCUACGGAGCUAUAUUGACUCCCUCGUUUGGGGUAGCUGCCGCAUACGGCGAUGAUAUUCAGCAGUAUAAUAAUGCGUUGGGACUUUUCAUGAUCAUCUGGAGUGUUUUCGUUCUCGCAUACUUAGUAGCAUCUCUGCCAACUAACGUCGUUUAUAUCUUGAUCUUCGUCUUCGUAGAACUUGCCUUUAUGACUAUUGCUGCGAGUUAUUUCGCUGCAGCAGAUGGUAAUAAAUCGGCCUCGACCGGACUCAAGAAGACCGGCGGCGUUUUCGCAUUUCUCGCGGGACUCGUUGGAUGGUAUCUCACUUUCCACCUGCUACUGAAAGAUUCGGUCGUGGAACUGCCAUUGGGAGACACAUCCCAGUAUUUCCCAAAGACCAGAAAGAACGUGGAAUAG